AUGGAUCAGAAUAAAACUGAAGACAAAAUUUACAAGUUCACCUUAGUCUAUGCUCUCCCACUCUCCAAUCAUGACAAUUCCUCGUUGAUGCUCAUUGCUGGCUUCUAUGCCUUGCUUUUUAUGUUUGGAACGUGUGGAAACGCAGCCAUUCUCGCUGUUGUCCACCAUGUGAAAGGUCAAGACCCAAGAUCCCGCCAUAAUACAACUUUGACCUACAUCUGCAUUUUAAGCAUUGUCGAUUUCUUGUCCAUGUUGCCCAUUCCAAUGACUAUCAUUGACCAGAUUCUUGGAUUUUGGAUGUUCGAUACCUUUGCUUGUAAACUAUUCCGCCUUCUGGAGCAUAUAGGAAAGAUUUUCAGCACAUUUAUUCUGGUUGCUUUCUCGAUUGAUCGUUACUGCGCAGUCUGUCAUCCUUUGCAUGUCCGUGUCCGCAAUCAACGCACUGUCUUCUUAUUCCUCACUAUAAUGUUUCUGGUCACUUGUGGAAUGCUCUCGCCAAUCUUGCUCUAUGCUCAUUCUAAGGAACUUGUCAUGCAUGAAAAGUUCGACUUGGAUCAAGAAGUCAUCACUCGAAUGCAUCUCUACAAAUGUGUUGAUGAUCUUGGCCGCGAGUUGUUCGUUGUAUUCACCUUGUACUCUUUUGUAUUGGCGUAUCUAAUGCCGCUUCUCUUCAUGAUUUACUUCUACUAUGAAAUGCUAAUCAGAUUGUUCAAGCAAGCAAAUGCUAUCAAACUAACUCUGAACGGACGAAGAAAUGGGGAAGAUAAGAAAUUGACUAUCCCUGUCGGACACAUUGCGAUAUACACCCUUGCAAUCUGUUCUUUUCAUUUUAUUUGCUGGACACCUUACUGGAUCUCCAUUUUGUACUCUCUUUAUGAGGAGUUAUAUCAAGAUGAGAAAAGUUCGGGAGCCCCACCAACAUAUGCAUUUAUUUAUUUCAUGUACGGGGUACACGCACUGCCAUACAUCAACUCUGCCUCCAAUUUCAUACUUUAUGGACUUUUGAACCGUCAGCUGCACAAUGCACCGGAACGAAAGUUUACUAGAAACGGACCACUCGGUCGUCAACCGUCCCAAGCCAUCACGACUCACACCAGACCAGAAUAUAGCGAGCUCGUAACGAUUCCAUCGAACGUCCGCCCGGAUUCCCGUGUCUCUGCAAUGAACCAUUCCAACAACAAUAAUACGGAGCAUGUCCCACUAGCUCCAAACCUGUCUACACCGGCCGCUCCCAACAAAGAUGCAUCGACUGUUGUACCUGUGCCAAUGUCAGCAGCUGUUGAUGACAACGACAUCUUCAAUUGGAUUACUCCGGACACAGAAUCUGUAGUUUUGUAA